AAGUGUUCUUAAGGUUCUCUGAGAAAGACCUCUGGGGAGACUUAAGCUCAGAAAGUGUGUGUUUCUCCCACUCUGAGACAGAGUCAGAACUCUUCUCACUGACAGUCACAGACAUCUAUAGCACUUACUGGAUUGAGAGAGGGACCCUCCAAACAAAACUUCACAGAAAACUUUUUGUUCCUCCAGAGAGUUUGCUGAAGAGGAAGAAAAGAAGAAAGGACAACAGAACAAAACAAACUGUGAAGUGGUGUUGGGAGAAGAAAAGCAGUGCCUUUAAAGAAGGGAAUCACAACAACUUUUGCUGCCAGGAUGCCUUUGCUUCUGAAGAGAGGAUUUUUCUUGAUGCUUUGCUGGAUUAUAGUGAGGAGCUCCCCUACCCCAGGAUCUGAGGGACACAGUUCAGUCACCGAUUGCCCAUCCUGUGCCCUUGCCACGCUCUCAAAGGAUGUCCCCAGCUCCCAGCCUGAGAUGGUGGAAGCAGUCAAGAAGCACAUAUUGAACAUGUUGCACUUGCGGGACAGACCGAACAUCACUCAGCCAGUGCCCAAGGCUGCCCUUUUAAAUGCUAUCAAGAAACUCCAUGUGGGAAAAGUGAGGGAGGAUGGCUAUGUGGAAAUAGAGGAUGACAUUGGAAGAAGAACAGAAAUGAAUGAACUUGUGGAGCAAACUUCAGAGAUCAUAACGUUCGCAGAAUCAGGUCCUGCCAAGAAAAUGCUGCAUUUUGAGAUUUCCAAGGAAGGCAGUGAGCUCUCAGUCGUGGCCCAGGCUGAUGUGUGGCUCUUCCUGAAAGUCUCUAAAGCCAAUAGGACCAGGACUAAGGUGACCAUCCGGCUGUAUCAGCAACAGAAACUGCUGAAACGAAACUCCCAAGGAACGGAAGAGGAUGGCAAUAUGAAGGGAGAGAAAGGUGAAAUUCUCAUUUCUGAAAAGGCAGUCGACACUCGUAAAAGUACCUGGCACAUUUUCCCGGUCUCCAGCAGUGUUCAGCGCCUCCUUGAUCAGGGAAAGAAUUCACUGGAUGUGCGGAUUGCUUGUGACCAAUGUCAAGAAACUGGAGCCAGUCUGGUGCUCCUGGGUAAGAGGAAAAAAAAGGAAGAAGAUGUGGAAGGAAAGGAAAAGGAAGGCAAUGAAAGUGUAGGAGAAGAAGAGAAAGAACAAUCACACAGGCCUUUCCUGAUGAUGCUUGCCAGACAUUCAGAAGAUCGCCAGCACAGACGACGCAGACGGGGUCUUGAGUGUGAUGGCAAAGUCAACAUCUGCUGCAAGAAGAACUUCUUUGUUAGCUUCAAAGACAUUGGCUGGAAUGAUUGGAUCAUUGCCCCAACAGGUUACCAUGCCAACUACUGUGAAGGAGACUGCCCCAGCCAUAUUGCCGGCACAUCUGGCUCAACCCUCUCUUUCCACUCCACCGUUAUCAACCACUACCGCAUGAGGGGCCACAGUCCUUUCUCCAACCUCAAGUCAUGUUGUGUACCCACCAAGCUGCGGCCCAUGUCUAUGCUCUAUUAUGAUGAUGGGCAGAAUAUAAUCAAAAAAGACAUCCAGAACAUGAUAGUGGAGGAAUGUGGAUGUUCAUAGGUGUGUGUGUGUGUGCAUGAUGCACACCUGUACUUCUUAGGGACUGCCUUUCUACCAAUUUCAAGAAGACAAUUUAAAAUAUAAUGUAACAGGAAAGACCAAGUUGGCUCCUCCUUUUUGAGCAAAACAAUCACACAUCUAAAUUCAGUGCAUCCAAUGUUCAAAUCUGAGGUAAAGAAAGGAAAGAAGAAAGGUGAUCACCAGGGCUUGGAUGAGAAACAUUCAAAUAGUGUGGGCAAGGGCAUAUCCUAUAUGCUCCCUAUUUUUAUUACAUAGUAUUUUCACACUUGUCAGUCACAAAGGGAGGUAUGUCUUCCUUCCUUAUAUUACCUAUGCAUUCAAGCCCUGAUAGUGGCUCACCUAAGAUGCAGCAAUUUGGAUGCUAAAUCCAUAAUGGUAUUAAAAUUCCUAGAAUAGCCAUGUGUAUGAACACUACAUUCACUGGCACUUUUAAUCCUGUCAGUUUACCAUGGACGCAGUGUGUUUGUGUGUGUGUGUGUGUGCGUGCGCACAUAUAUAUGUGUGCAGGUUUCUUAUGGUGUAUCACACAGAGAGCACACGUGUGUGUGUGCGUGCGUGUGUGUG